CCCUGAUGCUUACAUAACUGGCAAAACUCAGCUAAAACACAAUCAUUUGUCUGCUCACUCUGCUUCCCCGUACUAAACUAGGAAAAAUCCUCUCCUUUGUCAAUGUCACCAAUUCCUUUUUUCCCUUUUGGUUUCAAUUUUUGAAGCUCAAAUUUCAUGUUUCUAGUUGCUUUUUUCUGAAAGCUGUUCUGUUUUGAGUAAAAAUUGUUCUUGAAUUUCUCAUUCCCUUUUUUUUUUUGUUCAAAUUCAGUCCUCAUUGUUAUCUCAAUCUUUUGUUUUGUUUGAGCGAGAGAGAAAGAUAGAUCUUUUAUUUGAUUUUUCGGUCAGUUUUGUCCCGUUUGUUGAAAGGUGAAAUCAGAAAUCUUUUCAGUUGGAAUUUGUUUGCUUUAGGGUUCUUUUGAUUGUUUUUAGUCAGAGAGGAUUGUGAUUUGUAGAUUGAUUUGGUGGUUCUAGGGUUUUAGUUUGUAUUCAGAUUUCAGAGUUCUGUUUUGCCGUUGAGUGACGUGUAGGGUCCACCACAAGUGUGUGUACCAUGGCUUCGUAUAGGCCAUUCCCACCACCGUCUCAGUCGAGUUUCGUUCCUCCGCCACCGCCACCGCAGAAUCAGAACCCUCCUCCACCGCCACCGCCGUCUCAGUUCUCUCAGAAUUGGGGCUACGGUGGAUCUUCCUCCUCCUAUACUCAGCAGCAGCAAAAUUAUCAGCACCCUGCUUACGUUCCUCCUCCUCCUCCGUCUUCGUAUCCACCUCCACCGCCACCACCUUCAGCACAGCCUCCGCCACCUCCUCCUCCACUGUAUUACUCCCAGUAUACCCAAAACCAGCCCCCACCUCCUUCCUCUCCUCCUCCAAGUUCUUCAAUUCCUCCUCCUCCUCCACCUUCUCAGCCCCCAUCCCCUCCGCCACCUCCUUCAUCAAGUAGGCCCAGUGGGGGCGAGAAAAGGCGAGACUCUGGUUGGAGUGAACCGGGACAUGGUAAUCAUCAGGCUGCUGGUCGGUCUAAACAGCCAGGAGGGCGUUCUGUGCCUCCAUUGCCUGUGAAGAAAGCAGCCAAUGCUCGGGUUGAGACUGAAGAAGAGAGGAGGAUUAGGAAGAAGAGGGAAUUAGAAAAGCAAAGGCAUGAAGAAAAGCAUAGGCAGCAGCAACUAAAGGAAUCACAGAAUAGGGUUCUGCAGAAAACCCAAAUGUUAGCCUCUGGGAUGAAAGGUCAUGGUUCUAUUAGUGCAUCACAUAUGGCUGAUAGAAGGACCACCCCUUUGCUUAGUAGUGAGAGGACUGAGAACCGUUUGAAGAAGCCGACCACAUUUCUUUGCAAGUUAAAAUUCAGAAAUGAAUUACCAGAUCCAGUAGCACAACCAAAGCUUUUGCAAAUACCUAGAGACAAAGAUCGAUUUACGAAAUACUCAAUUACCUCACUGGAGAAAAUGCACAAGCCUGAACUAUAUGUUGAACCAGACCUUGGAAUACCUCUUGACCUUCUUGAUCUCAGCGUAUACAAUCCUCCAAAGGGUGAAAGACUACCACUUGCCCCAGAAGAUGAAGAAUUGUUGCGUGACGACAAUCCUAUAACCCCCAUCAAGAAAGAUGGUAUAAAAAAGAAAGAAAGGCCAACAGACAAAGGUGUUUCUUGGCUGGUCAAAACACAAUACAUCUCUCCUCUUAGCACGGAGUCAGCAAAACAGUCUCUGACUGAAAAGCAAGCUAAAGAGUUGCGAGAAAAUAGAGGUGGCCGCAACAUCUUGGAGAAUCUUAACAAUAGAGAUAGACAACUCCAGGAGAUCGAGGCUUCUUUUGAGGCAUGCAAGUCACGGCCCGUUCAUGCGACCAAUCGCAAAUUGCAGCCUGUCAAAGUCCAGCCACUUUUUCCUGACUUUGAUCGGUACCAAGACCCGUUUGUACUCGCGAAUUUCGAUAGUGCUCCAACUGCUGACUCAGAGACCUACAACAAGUUGGAUAAAACUGUUCGCGAUGCAUAUGAAUCACAGGCCAUUAUGAAAAGCUUCGUGGCUACAAGCUCGGACGCAGAUAAACCUGAUAAAUUUCUGGCAUAUAUGGUCCCUGCACCAAAUGAGCUAACGAAGGAUAUGUAUGAUGAAAACGAGGAUAUUUCAUACAGUUGGGUUCGGGAGUAUCACUGGGAUGUAAGAGGCGAUGAUGCAGAUGAUCCUACUACAUACCUUGUGGCCUUUGGUGAAACGGAGGCCCAUUACAUGCCUCUUCCAACGAAGCUUGUUUUGAGAAAGAAGAGAGCUAGAGAGGGAAAAUCAAAUGAUGAAGUUGAACAUUUUCCAGUACCUUCAAGAGUUACAGUAAGGAGGAGAAAAACAGUAGCUGCCAUUGAACUGAAAGAAGAAGGGGGUUAUGCAACAGCUUCGAAGGGGGGUGUCUCAAGUUCAAGGAGAGCAAGAACUAAUGACGAAGAUGCUGUUGGUGAACAACAGAACGAUAUGCAUGAUGGUGAUCAGGAUCAAUCUAGUGGAGCCGAGUAUGAUAUGUCUGACUGAUUAGUUCACAUUCAUUUCAGCUGAUCGGAUAAUUUACAGCAAAGAAUUAGAGAACAGGAAAAAAAACAUGAGAGUAGAUAUAUGGGAGAAGUUGCACAAAUAAACAAUGCUCUGUACCAUAUAGGAAUUUUGUUCUUUGAAAAGAUUGAACUUUCAAGUAAUGUUUUACCAGUGCUCCAAUGAUUGUUUGGCCCUACAGUUAUUCUU